CCAAAAAAAAAAGAAACGAGUCUUUAAUACAAAACUGGUUCAGAUUUGUCACUCUCUGACGCAAGAACCAAUCACCCAGACAACAACAAAACUCAAGAAGAGAAAGAAAUCGUAUCUGCAGAGAGAGAGAAAUGAGGUUGUUCGAUCCAUGGCCAGUGUUCUUCAAGAGAGAAUGGAAACGUUGUUGGCCAUUCCUCACUGGAUUCGCCGUCACCGGCGUUCUCAUCACCAAGUUAACCGCCGGACUCACUGAGGAAGAUGCGAAGAACUCCAAGUUCGUUCAACAACACAGAAGGUAA